UUACUCUUCCGGCUUUUAUAAAAUGGCUGUCAAUUUGCCUACUCAGCUUUAAGAGCAGUACAUAUUCUAAUGGGGAAAGUUGAUUUUUUUAGAGUUGUAUUUCAGGGAGAUAAGUCAACGUUCUUCCCUGGUGAAGUCAUCUACGGUAAUGUUAACGUCAAGGUAAACAGCGAACUUAAACUUCGCGGCAUUCGAGUGGAAUUCCAUGGAGAAGCAAAGGUCUUCUUGUCUGGCGGAGAUCACAGUAGAAAGCGCUCAGCCAAUAGUGAAGAGUACAUUAAUUUGGUAGCCACUUUGUAUGGGAAAGCACCUGAGCAGUCUGGAGAAAAUCCAGUGCUAGGACCUGGAGAAUACAGCUUUCCAUUCCAGUUUCACAUGCCAGGUGAUAACCUGCCAACAUCAGUUGAAGGAAACUUUGGUCAUGUGCGAUACUGGCUGAAGGCUUUCAUUGAUCGUCCAUGGAGAUUUGACAUUACAACAAAAUCAGUGUUCACAGUUAUUGAACGUGUUGACAUAAAUCUAACACCAGGCUUAUUGCAACCUUGUCAAGUUGAAAAAGAACAACAAUACGGAUUUGCUUGCUUCUCUGGUCCUCUUAGUGCGACUGUUCAGACAGACAGAGGAGGUUAUUGUCCAGGGGAAUCCAUUGCAUUUUCAGCAUUUAUUAACAACCAAUCAGGCUGCAGACUCAAUGGUGCAGAGAUUGUUCUGCAUCAAAUUUCAGUUUACACAAUCAAGAGUGGUUUGACGUCAGGUAAAAUAUCAGCAAAACGUGCAAUUAAAACUGUGGCUUCACAAAAAAGAGAGGAGAUUAGAGGUGUUGGAGAUCAUCAUCUGGAGAUGUUGCCUCUAAGAAUUCCCUCCCUCCCCCCCACAAUGUCCAGUUGUAGCUGUAUUAAGAUAUCAUAUGAAGCAAAGUUUAUCCUCCAUGUCAGUGGAUGGAGAGCAAAGGACCUUGUUCUAUCUGUACCAUUAACAAUAGGUUCUGUACCCUACCAACCACCUUUUCUCCCUACAUCUUUGGAACCCUCAGCUCCACCACUCUCCCCUCCCCCCUACUCUGAAGGAGGUCAGCCAUGUCCUAGUGUGGUUCUUCCAUCAUACACAGAAUGUGUGUAUGGUGGGGUGUCUGUUCGUGAUGAGAAUGAUUCCAACGACAUGAUGAGCGACUCAACCUUCACUCCAAUGUAUCCAUUUGUUAGUUAUUACGAGGUUCCCUCUGCUGCGAGCCAAGACUCUGCGGCGGCUUCUGCCGCUCGACAGCCACAAGACUCUUCUGGUAAAGUGCCUCUGCCUGAUGAUAGAGCUAUUAUGGAAAACAUAGAGUUAUUUGCGGUUGAAAUUUACGGAGAUGGUUGUUUUUAUCCUGGAGAUGUUGUGUACGGCGACGUAUAUUUAAAGACAAAUGAAGAAUUGACGGUCAGAGAAAUUCGCAUCGAGUUUUAUGGGGAAGCAAAGGUUUCCUGGUCCGAGGCGGCAAGAAAGAAGCGACUUGGAACUCGUAAUUACACGAAUUAUGAGCAGUACUUAAACAUUGCAGUAACAGUUUAUGGAAAGGUUCCUGGUCAAAUUGGUGCAAAUCCAGUCCUGCCCAGUGGGGAGCAUUCCUUUCCAUUCGAGGUUCGGCUUCCAGAAGAUAACCUUCCCAGCACAUUUGAAGGAAAGCAUGGCCACGUGAAGUACUGGCUCAAAAUCAUUCUUGAUCGGCCGUGGAAAGACGAAAUUAAGGUCGUAGAACCGUUCACGGUCACGGAGAGGAUUGAUGUGAAUCAGCCGGAGUUUCUUCGCCCUGCUCAAAUCCAGGAAGACCGGACGAUGGGUUGCCUGUUCUGUGUCUCUGGUCCACUGAGUGUCACAGUCAAGACAGACAGAGGAGCGUAUUGUGGAGGUGAACUUAUGACAGUGACAGUCUACGCUAACAAUCAAUCGAAACACAGGAUUCUUGGAGUUGAGUUAGAGCUCAUUAAGGACACUGUAUUCGUCGCAUCUGGAGGUAAAACAACUUUCAGUGCUGAAACUAUUGCAACUUUCACAAAAGCUGGUAGUAAGUCUUCCAACACAGAAGAACAUGAUUUCUUUGAAAUGGUGCCAUUUCUCAUCCCAUCCUUAACACCAACUAUGAAGAAUUGCAGGAGUAUUAAGAUUUCGUACCAAAUCAAGUUCACUCUGAUGAUACGAGGAUCCGUGAACUUCUGUGUCCACUUACCAAUCACAAUUGGCUCCAUUCCUUGCCAAGUGAAUACGUCUCGCAGGCCAUCACGAAAAGGCUCCAUAUCACCAAGUGUUACACUCAUGGGGUUCCCUUCUACGUCUUUGGAACAUUCUGACGGUAUGACACCAUAUCAUGGCGAAGCGCCACCAGCCUAUGCUGAAAGCAUCAGAGGUCAGACUAGAAGAUAUGAUGCAGUGUAUUACAACAAGGGAGAGGAACUUGAUCCAAUCAAUUCACCGCAAUUCUCUGCGAAUGCCAAGAAGACUUCCUAAUUUUUUGUCUUGGUUCAGAAUUUUCAACAAUAUCAGAAGGGAUGGUUUUCAUGAGCAACAUGUGUAUGAACGUCUCAAUAAGCCGGAAGGUGGAAAAUAGUUUUAACUCAAGUUUAGGUCUGUAUGCCAGACAAACUGUAACUUUGAAGACGCAAUCACGAAUGCGAGAUGCUGUUUGUAACUACGAGGGGAAAGUUUUUGAUAACAGCCGUAUGACAUCUAAAUUUCCUUAAUUGAAAGAUGCCAUGUACCUUGUAAAAAUUUGUUCAAAACUUCUAACACAAAAAUUCUGUUUUGUACACAACACAGUAUGUCUGAUCUGUGCGCACGCUUGCUAAAGCGGCGCUUCAUGAGCAAGGGAGUAAUUAAUAAAAUGGCAGUUAACUAUUGAAUAGAACGGAGAAGAUUAAGCAAAUUCGGAAAAGAUUAUGAAAAAAUAUAAAGAUCCUGUCAAAUAUUGCAUCAUCUCGGGACAUUGUUGGAUGGUGUUGUGGAGGAGCUGGUCAAACGUACGGAAGAUCCUGCAACAUUCGACGGGUUUGUUGAUUUUUAUGUCCCUAUCUUCUGGCUCAGUCGACGCUCGGACUUGAACGCCAUUUCUACUAUAGAGGACUUUGAUAUCGGUACUGAUAUCGUCCUCAACUAAUUUUACCUUUUUACUGGCGCUACUCUUAACGUAUGAGGAAAGAGAAUGCGAGGGGAGUAAAACUCGACAAUGGAUCAAGAAGAGAUUUAAUUCGCAAAUGUUGUGCAAGACUGAACGAUACAAGGCAUGGCGGGGUACAGAGAAAUGUUCCAAAUAAACCCUGUAUAUUUAGACAUA